GAAGCUGUAGUUGAGUGUUAGCAGGCUAACUAGAGAAAGAAAGCUAACUAAUCGUGAGAGUGGAAGUGGAGCUAACGUUAAAGGAAAAGGCAACUGUCAAAACAGCAAGGGGAGCAGAGAUUUUAGUGAAGUGAUAAUUCCGUUAGAUGACUACAUGAACUGAUGUGUAGCUAAGUGAAUCAAAGACCGUGUUUGUCAGAUGCCCGAGGAGCAUUUUGGAUACUAACAUCGAUUGUCCCAUUUCCAAACGGAAACCAUUUCUGGACAGACAGUUUCGUGCUAGCUAGCUAGCUAAGUGAAUCAACCAGGAGACUUUUCAUUGUCACCUAAAAACCCAAACCGAAUGUUUUGUCUGUCAUGAGUCCGGCCGGGUGCUCCCAUGUGAACGGUUAUAAGGUGGAUAAUUGGAAACAAAACCUUCGAGUCAUAUACCAAUGCUUUGUUUGGAGUGGUACUGCUGAGACCAGGAGACGCAAGGCCAAGUCGUGUAUCUGUCACAUGUGUGGCGCCCACCUGAACCGACUCCACUCUUGUCUCUACUGUGUCUUUUUUGGCUGUUUUACGAAGAAACACAUCCACGAGCACGCAAAAAACAAGAGACACAAUCUAGCGAUAGACUUAUUAUACGGUGGAAUAUAUUGUUUUGUGUGUCAAGACUACAUUUACGACAAAGACAUGGAGCAGAUUGCCAAAGAGGAACAGAGGAAAGCCUGGAAAUUGCAAGGUAGAGCAUUUUGUGUUCCGUCAGAGAACUUGAUGCAGCUUUUUAGAAAACAGAUCAUCAUCUCAGUGUCGUCACACAUGUGUACCUUUGUAUCCACAGGAAUAGGGGAGAAAUACACAACAUGGGAGCCGACCAAGAGGGAGCUAGAAUUAUUACGACACAAUCCAAAGCGGAGGAAAAUCACUACGAAUUGUACCAUAGGUUUACGAGGGUUAAUAAACCUGGGCAACACGUGUUUCAUGAACUGUAUCGUCCAGGCCCUUACACACACACCGCUGCUGCGAGACUUCUUUCUCUCCGACAGACACAAGUGCGAGAUGCAAUCAAACUCCUGUCUGGUGUGUGAGAUGUCGCAGCUCUUUCAGGAGUUCUACUCGGGCCACCGUUCGCCCCACAUUCCCUUCCGGCUGCUGCACCUGGUGUGGACUCAUGCACGUCACCUCGCAGGCUACGAGCAGCAAGACGCCCACGAGUUCCUCAUCGCAGCGUUGGAUGUACUACACAGGCACUGCAAAGGGGACACGAUCAGAGAUGACAAUGGGAAGAAGGCCAACAAUCCAAACCACUGUAACUGCAUCAUUGACCAAAUCUUCACUGGGGGCCUGCAAUCAGAUGUUACCUGUCAAGUUUGCCAUGGGGUUUCCACGACGAUAGAUCCAUUCUGGGACAUCAGUCUGGACCUUCCCGGCUCAUCCACGCCUUUCUGGCCCCUCAGCCCUGGAGGGGAUGGCAGCACAGUCAACGGAGAGAGCCACCUGUCAGGGUCCACCACUCUCACAGACUGCUUACGCAGGUUUACACGGCCCGAGCAUCUAGGAAGCAGUGCCAAAAUCAAGUGCGGCGGUUGCCAUAGUUACCAGGAGUCCACCAAACAGCUGACAAUGAAGAAACUCCCCAUCGUAGCAUGUUUCCAUCUCAAACGGUUUGAGCACUCUGCGAAACUGCGGAGGAAGAUCACUACGUAUGUUUCCUUCCCCCUAGAGUUGGACAUGACGCCCUUCAUGGCAUCCAGUAAAGAGAGCAGAAUGAACGGGCAGUAUCAACAGACAGUUGAUGUAUUAAACAACGACAAUAAGUAUUCCUUGUUUGCGGUGGUCAACCACCAAGGCACAUUAGAGAGCGGCCACUACACCAGCUUCAUCCGCCAGCACAAAGACCAGUGGUUCAAAUGCGAUGACGCUAUAAUCACCAAGGCCAGCAUUAAGGAUGUACUCGAUAGUGAAGGGUAUCUCUUAUUCUACCAUAAACAGUUCCUUGAAUACGAGUAGUCUUUGUGACCACUGACCAUGAAGAACCACUGCUUCUAACGAGAGAGUCAAGGGACUGGGGACAGGAUGAGACACAAACACACAAACCUACCUGAAACUCUUUGACUACCAGUCUGCUCCUCCAGCUCUGGAGGACAAACAUAUAAAAAAAGACGUGUGAAAUCAUGCAACCUUUCAAAAAAAAAUAAAAAAAUAAAAACAAGCACUGAGCUACUUCUUGGCAUCUACUUGACGAAACUGAAUGAAGAGGAGAGAAAGGAGGAGGAAGAAGUCGGGCGUCGUCAGUUCCAGGCUUGGGCAGAGGGGAAGAAGAGGCCCCACACCCCUCACCCUCUCUCCCUUCUCCUACCUGCUGCAGGGGCAGAGUCUGAGCGUGACUGACCGUCAUGUCGAUUGGGCACAUCUGGAUUUUUUUUCUUACAGUAUUCUGACCUCCCCCUCCUCCACCCACCCCCUUACACACGCCCUCCAUUUCUCUCCCAUGGUGCUCUUGUUUCAACUGACCAAGCAUUUAACUUGAUGGAAGACAGUUUGUUGUCAUAUGCAUACGGGACUGAACGCAAAAAAACAAACAAAAAACCCAGAAAAAAAAAAAGACUAGAAUCAACGUAUUAUGAACUUUGCAAGAACAUUUUUAAAGGUAUGGUUAUGAUUCUUAUCAUUUGUGAAUUUAGUUAUGAAAUACUGUAUGAAUCUAGUACACAUCUAUUUUUUAAGAGCAAAACAAAAGAAGAAGAAAACAUGGGAGAGCUUAGAGACGCUGCCUUUGCCAGUUGCUGGGGAAGUGCUGCCAUGGAAACUAAGCAGAUUUGGACCUGAGUGUGCUCAUGUUCCAUUAUUUACUGUGUUGAUUGUUUUAUUUUUAAGUCUGGUUGAGGGCAGGGAAUAUCUAUUUUUUUUAGCAACUCAUUGAAAUUUUUGUUUACUGUUCUUUUCAGUGUCUUUUUUGUUUUUUUUUAAUUUUCAGUACAGUCAUAUGUCCCUCGCUGUCCUGGUACUGGAAAUGUUUUUGGACGUAUUAUACUUUCAUUCUUGUGGAAUUGUUGGUAUAAUGAUGGUGAUGGUUAAAUUGGCUCACCCUUUGCUGUUUAUGAAUUGUAUGUUGAAUGUGAGCUUUGGGUUUCGUACGGCAUUCUGAAGAGAAGACUCAAUACAUGAACUCCAGAUGAGGUCCUAUGAUAUGUGAGAAUGCUGUGGUCUCUCGUCAUUCAACACCUUGAAUGCUCUGUGCAAAGAAAAAAAAAAAGAAGCCCGUUUAACAACACUGCAUGCGACUGGGCUUUCAUGAUCUUAUAGUAUGUGAAAAAUUGCCCUCGGUAACGCCUCAAGGCCUGCUGCCCAUCAUGAUUUUUGUUCUGUAGUCUGGGGACGGGAGGGACGAUCAUGUGAGAUACAUAGAGGGUAAAAACACAUUGCACGUAUAUGGGCACUGUGCGACCACAGCCUGGCUCUGAAUCCAUCAGUGUUAAUCUUCUCCAUGGCAACUGUGUGGCUGGUGUAGACCGGUGUGGUUCGUGGUGUGUCUUGCCUCUGCAGUGCAGUAAACCCAGUGCUCUAUUCAAUCAGUAUGCUGUUAAGUCAGACUUUAGAUAAUGCACAUACACAUCAGGGUGUUGUGGUCUGUUUUGUUUGAAUAUCACUGAUUGUGUAUGUAUAAAAGAAAAAUACAGAAUAAUGAAAAAAAAAUUUCACUCAUGUAUAAGAUGAGGGCCCUAACCUAUCACAGUAAUUCCACAUUUAAAAAAAAAACACCACAACCCCUGGUUGUUUAGCUGCUCUGUAAUUGAAAACAAACAUGCAUAUCCUUUGGUCUGCUGAACCUCAGCUAGAGGGCAUCGGCGGGUUUUUCCGAAACAGUAAAAUUAAAGACUUGUGAAACGGUCGCACUUUGGUUUUGAUGUAUCAUGGAGCAGUUAAGGCCACCCAAGGACAUUCAGGGACGCAGCUGAAACGAAAAGGAAGAGGAGAGCUUCAUUAUACGUUUCAGUGAUUAAAC